GGGCAGGCGGGGCCGCGGGCUUAAAAAACCGGAACCCACCUGGGCUGGACGCAGCCCUAGAAGCCUCCUCAAACCAGCUCUCUGCACCCAGCCGGCUCUCGGGUGAGCUCAGGAGAAGCCUCUCAGCCUUGAGAUUUGUGCCACUGGCCUCUGUGAGCAUGGAGCUGGUCGGGACUGUCUGACCCCAGCCUGCCCUCUUCUCCUGCAGACCUGCAGUCCUGCGUGCCGCUGUGUCAUGGAGGGAGUGACCUGGGCCCUUCUCCUCCUGUUGGCCGGACUGCCUGUCUUGGAAGCCAAUGACGUGAUUGAUAAAGACAAUCCCUUCUACUAUGACUGGGAAGGCCUGCAGCUGGGUGGGAUGAUCUGUGCGGGCCUCAUGUGCAUCGCUGGACUCUUGUUCGCCCUGAGUGGCAAAUGCAAAUGCAAGAACAAGCAGAAGCACGGCUCCUUACCUGAGAAAGCUGUUCCACUGCUCACUCCAGGCUCUGCCAGUACCUGCUGAGCACAGGAUUGGUUUCAUGACCCUCCCUGCACUGGCUCCCAUGUUGUCCCCUUCCCCGUGGGGCCCUUACCCCCUCAGGAUGGCUUUUCUCUCUGUUGGUGGGCCCUGAGGCUCUCUUCUGAUCAAAAGGCUAUCCAGAGAUUAUUUCUAAAUUAAAUUUAUCUCCCCCUC